ACCAUGGUGCAUUUUACUGCUGAGGAGAAGGCUGCUGUUGCUAGCCUGUGGGCCAAGGUGAACAUGGAUGUGGCCGGAGGCGAGAUCCUGGGAAGGCUCUUAGUUGUCUACCCAUGGACUCAGAGGUUCUUUGACAAUUUUGGCAACUUAUCUUCUGAAACUGCAAUAAUGGGCAAUCCCAAGGUAAAGGCUCAUGGUAAGAAGGUACUGACUUCCUUUGGAAAUGCUGUUAAGCAUAUGGAUGAUCUCAAGGGCACCUUUUCUCAGCUAAGUGAGCUGCAUUGUGACAGGCUGCAUGUGGAUCCUGAAAACUUCAAGCUCCUAGGCAAUAUGAUUUUGAUUGUCUUGGCAACUCAAUUUGGCAGGGAGUUUACCCCCCAGAUGCAGGCUGCCUGGCAGAAGCUGACAACUGCUGUGGCUAAUGCUCUGGCCUUCAAGUACCACUGA